CGCCUUCGGUCUGCCAACAUCCGUCGCCGCGGAAUUGGAGGUCCGGGGCGACAGAAGAAGAAUCCGCGUUAGGGUUCCUGUGUGCCGAUAGUUGCGCACGGAUUAGGGCUCGGUCGAAUCGAACAAGCCAAACGUGUUGGGAAAAAUUCGGGAUUGGAGAGGAUCGAGGCUCGUCUCGACGUGAAUCUCAUCCUCCGGUUCCGUGGGGCGAUCGCGAUGGGAUCCGCGAAGGGGAGACCCGUGCGUCCGAGCUCGGGCGUGCUGCUGGCGUCCGACGGCUCCUUCAGUGCCCUCCUCGAUCUUCCGUCCGACCAGGCCGUGAAUCUCCUUCACCGGCUGCCGGAUCCCAACGCCGUCGCUUCCAGUGGCGAGAUGCGGCGUCUCUGCCUCCCGCCGAGGCCUAAGGCGGAGCUGCUGGACUCGGCCGGUCUCCGGCUGAUCGCGCAGCGGUCGGCGAAGAGGAAGGAAGGCGAAAAGAGCAGGGGGGAAUCUCCAGCAAAAAAGAGCAAAAGGCGCUCAGAAGAAGGGACUGCGUGCGGAAAGAAGCUCCCUUGCGUUCACGUCCGCGCUCGCCGAGGCCAAGCCACUGAUAGCCACAGCUUAGCGGAGAGAGCAAGGAGGGAGAAAAUAAAUGCUAGGAUGAAAGUUCUCCGAGAACUGGUCCCUGGAUGCAGCAAGAUAUCAGGUACAACUUUAUUGUUGGAUGAAAUCAUCAAUCACAUAAAAUCUCUCCAAUGUCUGAUUGAGUUAUUGUCAAUGAGACUAGCAGCAGCGAACUCAAGGAUCAGCUUUAGUGGCCCUGAUAGUUCCUCAUCAGUGGAUUGUGGGUGGCUAACAGUCAAUAAUGAGAGGAGUAGGAGGGUCGGAAUGGAACCGAUAGAAUGGUCAUCAUAUGGAGGAAGGAGGCAGCCACAACAGCAUAUCUGGCACAUCAAUUUAGUGCACCCCCAACAAACAUCAAGAGCCUCUGAAGGGGAGACACCCACUGCACCGAUCAUGGGACCUUACUCUUCCAGUGCCAUCAAUUUGCUUCUGUAAUUCAGCACUUCAGCCAUCUGAAGACAGAACCUGAAGAUGCCAUGGUGACAGCAUGAUUUAAUAGCAGCAUGGUGGUAUGUUAAUGACAGCAAUAAAUUACUCAGUUCUCCAUGUUAUAAAUGUCUAGAAUUUUUCUUCCAUUUUUCUUUUUUUUCUCAUAUCGGCGGCACUCUUUUGGACAAGAAAGGAAUCAAGCAAUCCACCUAUGAUUUUAUAAAGUAUGAUAUUAGA